AUGAUCUGGUGAUGCAUCAGCUUGGCUUACAGCCCUAUUUCAUUAGGGGAAGAGACUUCUCUCGGGGAAGAAAACAAGAGCAGGAGAGCUGGAAUCAGUCAGGCAGCUGUAAAGAAGGAAAGAAAGCCACAGUUUCAAUGAGUGGACUGCUUUCCUUGCGAGGAGCAGCAGGAGCUCCAAGUGCAUUCCCUGCAUCCAUCUCUACAAAGCCCAGCUGGAGAAGCAGCAGAGCACUCUGUAAGCGACACCAAUCUAAUUAAUUAAUGACUUUCAGCGUCAGCUCUGUGGCUGCUGGGCUAGCAGGAAGGCAGUAACGAAGGGCUGGGACAGCACGCAGCGCAUCUGGUAAAUGCUGCGUGCUGCUGACAGCCAGCUCAGUUAUUCAUCACCUCUCCUGCUUUGGGCUACAGCACAGAACAAGUCAGAGAUUAUUCCGGGCAGAGAAGAUGGUGUGGGAUCCACCCUUGCAGCAUCCUCUCUUCUGGAUGAGGUCUUCCUCCCUCUUCUUGUCAUGCUCCAGAGCUGCCGUGGCACAGUUAAUUGAGGCCACCACAGAACCCCCAAAAAAGAAACCGGAUCCUGUCACUUCGGAGACGGUGGUGAUCUGGGGGCUGCGCCUCUGGCAGGUGAUUGGUAUCUUUGCCAUCUUUGUCCUGGCAGUCAUUAUUACCCUAUGCUGUAUCUUCAAGUGCCGGAUUCCCCGGACAAGGAAAGAGAUUGAGGCACGAUAUGCUCAACGACAAGCAGCCAAGACAUAUGCAGACAAACUGGAGACUGUGCCACCACUCAAUGAGCUGACAGAGAUCCCUGGAGCUCAGGUAGCAGAAGAAAAAAAGGAAGAAGUUCCUACUGUCUCUGGAAAAGUGGACAAGGCUCAGGGUAAGAAAGAUGCAUCCAAGAAGAAGGAUGGUGAGAAGGACCAGAAAGACGGAUCCAAGAAAGAAGGGAAGGAUGCCAAGAAAAAAGAUGGAGAAAAAGGAGAAAAAGGAGAAAAAGGAGAAAAAGGAGAAAAAGGAGAAAAAGGAGAAAAGGGAGAAAAGGGAGCAAAAGGCAAUAAUGACAAGAAACAAGGUGGUGGAAAGAAAGGUGAAAAAGAAGGUGAAGCAGCAAAAUCAGAAGGAGGUUCCAAAGCUAAUGGCAAAGCUGGUGGGAAUGCCAAAGCUCCAGCAAAGAAGAAGUGA